UUGGAUUGCAAAUUGCGUAAAAAAAUACGUAAUACAUACAGUGACAACUUGGUGAACGAGUUCUUGGUUAUGAAAUAAAACCAAGGUUAUACUAAUAUACUCAAAGAAACGAUAAAAGUACUUCCUCAAGAUGGCCUGUUCCGCUAUUAGUCUGUCGAUUGGCACAAUAUCAGCACUAGUCGCUGUGGCAUGUUUAGCCAUAGCUUUCGGUACGGAUAAUUGGUACGAAAUUAGGGUUAACAGAACCUCUAUUCGCCAGAAAUUAGAUGGUAAUGAAGAGGCAAUGAACGAAUUCGAAGAGAAUAUACGUUACUUUGAUCGGGAUGAAGGCUUAUUCAGAAUUUGCUUUCCAAAUAAUAAACCUCAGAAUGCCAAGACGUUCUUAUCUCCGGUGCUGACUGAGUGUAUCAACAUCAAUUAUUACAUCCCAGACAAUGAAAUCUCCGAUGCCUUUUCUGAAACACGAUGGGAAAGGUUACGUAAGUACCGAAUUUAGUAAUUGGAAAUGUAGC